CAGCCGGAGGGGUGGAGCCACACACACCGAUAUCCAGAAUCGCGCUUCUUCUCAGAAAUAGAGCAGUAGCUUGGUUAUUAACGAUUUUCUUGGUACAAUAUUUAGAUUACCAGUAGCUGUGACGGGAAAUUAUACAGAUCGUUGUUGAAGUCAAUCUGCUGUGUUUUCACCGUGGAUCCCUUUUCCAUCAUCGACGGUCCUCUAGUCCCGAGCUCCACUCUCUUUAACGGGAUUCACUCUGACUGUAUAUCAGCAGUGUAUUCCUGCAAAGAACUGAACCGACAGGAAUAUUUUAAUUAAGGAAUAACCUCGGGAAAUCAUGGAAUAAUACGAACACAUAACAUUUAUUCAGGUGUGGUGAGCGAGCGAGAGCGUCAGGAUGCCGCUGGUCAAGCGCAGUAUUGAGCCUCGUCACCUGUGUCACACAGCUCUGCCACACAGCAUCAAGAACGAGCUGGAGUGUGUGACCAACAUCUCUCUGGCCAACGUGAUCCGUCAGCUGAGCAGCCUGAGUAAAUAUGCAGAGGAUUUGUUCGGCGAGCUCUUUAAUGAAGCUCAUUCCUUCUCAUUUCGAGUGAAUUCGCUUCAGGAGAGAGUCGACCGCCUGUCAAUCAGCGUCACUCAGCUUGACCCCAAAGAGGAGGAGUUGUCUCUUCAGGACAUCACCAUGAGAAAGGCCUUCCGCAGCUCCACCAUCCAGGACCAGCAGCUGUUUGAGCGUCAGUCUCUUCCCGUCCCCAUGCAGGAGACAUACGAGCUGUGCGAACAACCUCCACCGCUAAACAUCCUCACACCCUACAGGGAUGAUGGGAAGGAAGGGCUGAAGUUCUACACCAACCCGUCGUACUUCUUCGAUCUGUGGAGAGAGAAGAUGCUGCAGGACACAGAAGACAAGAGGAAAGAGAGGCGGAAACAGAAGGUGAGAUGG